AUGUUCUCUGUGGAAAUUCAUUAUGCUAGAAUAAUAUGGUAAUUAAUCAUGCCAUUCAUAUACAUCAUUUUUUUUUUAGGAAUUUACAACAUUAUUGUAAAAUUUUGUUCUACUGAAUAUAGUUUGAGUGUUAUCACCACUACAUUCAUAUAUAUAUACAUUUAAAAUUAACCAAAUCUAAUUGGAGGUUUUAUUUCCUUAAUAUCUUUUCGCUCAAUAUCUGGAUAUUAAUGGAUUCAAGCUAACGUAGCUUAUAGGUAUGAUACUCCCUAGCACUUUAUUUGGUUGGCAGUCUUUUGCUUGCCAGGACUAUUUCUAUUUGCAUUUCUCAUACCAUCUCUAUUUUUUAUCUCCUUAUACAUUAACAGAAACAUUUUGAAUGAGAAAAGAAUUAGACAGAAACUUGGAUAUUUGUACAAUGAAUAUAAAACUAGCGCUUAUUUUUGGGAAAUUGUUAAAAUUGUGGAAAAAGAGUUGGUAAUCAUCUUUCUAUCAUAUUAUGACGACGAUAUUAUUCAGAAAGGCACUCUUGUUUUACUUGUUGUUUAUUUAUAUUCAGAAUUAAAUUAUAGAUUUAGGCCAUAUAAAAUGAGUACUCUUAAUAACUUAGAUGCCCACUCAGCAAAGGUUUGUUAAGUUUCCAUCAUUUUGGGAUGUGGAAUAUACAUCAAUUAAUUAUAUGGCAAUAUUGAAACUUAAAUACCUUACUUCUUAAUCUUAGUCGUACUCAAUUUCUUUUACUUAUUGAUGCUUCUUAAUUAAAUAUUAAAAUCUUACUGGGAGGACUUAGAUGAUUAAUUGGACAAAUUGAGGGAAAAGAUAAUUGCUAUAGCUCCUUGGACUAUGGAUUAUCCAUGUCUCAGAAUCUAUUUAGAGAGUAGUAUUAAGAGAAGGAAACGUGUUUAAGGAUAGUACCAAAAGAUUAAAAAAUAUUUACUUAGUUAUGCCAAGCCCAUCAAAGAGCUGAAAGACAAUCUCAAUUCUAUUUAAAACGAAAUUCGACCAUCCAUUAAUAUGUCCAUAACGAUCAAUUAAAUAAGAAUAUUUAAAGAAAUUUAGAAAUAAAUAUGA